AUGUUUGAUGGAUAUAGCGACGAUUUUGCCGAUUACCAGCGUCCCACAAUUACCCUCCCUUCAUACUAUCAGCUCGCCUUUCUUCCCACCGCAGCCGGCAGCGCGAGUGCGGCGGACGACAUGCGCGAGCGGCCGAAGAAAGAGCAGUCGGACGAGUUCUUGAUGUACACGUACAAGGUGAAGAGCUGCUCGAAGAAGAAGAGCCACGACUGGACGGCGUGCCCCUACGCGCACCGCGGCGAGAAGGCGCGGCGGCGCGACCCCCGCAAGUUCCCCUACAGCGCGGCCGUCUGCCCGGAGUACCGCCAGCGGGGGGACUGCUGCCGCGGGCAGGCGUGCGAGUUCGCGCACGGCGUCUUCGAGUUCUGGCUCCACCCGGCGCGGUUCCGCACCAAGAUGUGCGACGCCGGGCCGGCCUGCAGCCGAAAGAUCUGCUUCUUCGCGCACGCGCCGGAGCAGCUCCGCCCGGCGGCAGUCCAGUACUGCCUGCGCUGCGGCGGCAGCGUGUGUCUCGGCAGCUCGACCGAAGGGGGAGACAGCAGCUCCGAAGCCGCCGCCGCCGGUGCCUGCACCGGCGCAUGUCUCGGUAACUCAUAUUCGGAAGAGAUGGAGAGCUCCGAAGCCGCCGCCUAUUGCGCCAGCGCCGGUACCGCUGGUGACGGCAUUAACGGCUUCGCGAGUGCUGACGGUGGGGACGGUGAGGAGGAGGAUUACGCCGGCUUCCCGCAUCUUGACUGGAUCUUGGACAUCGUCAAUUGA